UUGUACAUUUCAUUCUACGCUGUACCCAUGUUAAUUUUUGAGAUAGGUUUAGUGGAGUAAUAAUGACAGACUAUAAAGAAGAACAGAAAAAUGAAAUAGAAGCUUUGGAAUCUAUAUAUCCAAAUGAACUUAAAAUAUUAUCUGAUACUCCAAAUUAUGUUUUCACUGUGGACAUUCGUACUGAACCUUUGAAGAAUGAUCCUGAAGAAUAUAUGGCUGUUUCUUUAAAGUUUUCUUAUGUUCCUUCUUAUCCGGAUGAAGCACCAUUGAUUGAAGUUGCAGAUUCUGAAAAUUUAUCAGAUGAAGAUAGCACUGAUCUUCUCUCAUUUUUGGAAGGCAAAGUAGAGGAAAAUAUAGGCAUGGUCGUGGUGUUUACUUUAGUCUCAGAAGCCUCAGAAUGGUUGAAUAAAAGAUUACAAGAUGGUAUAUUGCAAAGAAAAGAGGAAGAAGAGUUAAGGAUAAAAAAGCUCGAAGAAGAAGAAAGGAAUAGGUUUGAAGGUGUUCGAGUAACAGUGGAAUCAUUCAUGAGUUGGAAGGCCAAAUUUGAUCAAGAAAUGGCAGAACUUAAGAAAUUACAGAUCAAGGAUGAAGUGACUAAUAAAAAGUUAACAGGUCGGGAACUUUUUGAGAAAGAUCAUUCUUUGGUAGAUUCUGAUCUUCAGUUCUUACAAGAAGGGGAAGAAGAGGUAAAGGUUGAUGAAUCACUUUUUCAAGAACUGGAUGACUUGGAAUUACAAGAUGAAGACAUUUCUAACUAGCAAGACAAGAUUUAAAUUAUAAAGCACUCCACAGAGAAUAUAUGGUCAUUGUAUUUAAUAAUCAAGCUGAAAAUUUGCUUAAAACUAAUCUGAAAUAAUAUGCAAGUCAUUUUGACUAAGAAAUUAUCAAAAUGUAUGAAAAUAUUGUGUAAAAUUAUUAUUCAGUUUUCUCAUCUUUUGAAAUGGUGUUUGAUUGUUAAAAGAAGCAGUUUCAGAGUUUUUGAAGGUUUUUGUGCUUUCUUGAAAAUAUUUGCUCAUUUCUUUCUAUGCGCUUGAAUUUGACAACUGCAAAGAAAAAUUUUUUUCUGUAUAAAUUAGUAUUCUUAUGUAGAAUGAUUAUGAAAAUGUAAGGAUGUAUAUACCA